AUGAAGCCCAGAGGCACGCUUCUCCAUCAUGAGUACAACCAGUUCUUCCGAUCAUUCGUCAAGCACACACUACCUAAGGAUGACCUGUACGACGUUGCGAGAGCCUUUAACACUGUCAACGAUCUUGUGUUUCUUCAAUUCUUGCUGUCGAUUGCCAAUUUAGACAUGAACUGGAGAUGGUUUGCCAAAAGCCUUCUAAUCUAUGCAGCGGGGGAUGGGAACGAGUGUCUGGUAUUGAUGCUACUUGACGUUGGAGUCUCCAUCAAUGCCAGAAGAGCCCUCGGAGAUUCGUCUCACAAGACUUUCAACGUCUUACAGUUUGCCAUUCUCGGGGGCCACAAGACAGUGAUUGACUUGUUGAGUCGCCAAGGUUCUACAAUCUUCACUGGCCAUCCAGCGGUCGAUUCCGACUUUCUCUUUGACGCAAUCACUCAGGGUACUAUGGACCUAGCGAGACCAUUGCUCGUGAAGGCUGCAACGCCGGGCGCCGGAACAACUCGGAAAGGAGUUGCAGUGCUUGUUCACGCUGUGGAACAGUCCUACGAUAAGAUAGUCGACAUCCUCUUUGACGCAGGAUUCAACCCUUACUCCAAAUCUUAUGUCGACGGGAGGGAGAAUUUCAAAAGCGCUUUCAUAGCCGCUCUUCAUGCUAGUAAGACUAGCUACCUCGAGAAGUUUUUGAAGUUCGCUUAUUAUGGUCCUGCCAAAGAGCAGCCCCAACAGUGCCUACAACAGCUAACUGCUGGAUACGUAUUCGCUCAAUCUACCGAAAACAUUCACCUCAAGAAUGCAAUCAUAGACACUGGAUGGCACCCAGAUGACGUCAGACUAGUUAUGGGUAACGACUUCAUACAGUCGUGCCUCUCUGAUGCACUCGAAGCAGCUAUUGAGCGCGGCGAUCGCAACAGGGUCGACCGUCUCGUCCGGAUAGGCGCCGAUCCGAACCAUCGACACAACUACCCAGAUGGUACACAUUCAAGGUCACCUCUGAGCCAGGCGAUUGCAACAAAGGACGUGUCUAUGGUGCGCCAAUUGCUAGCAGUUGGAGCAGACGUCAAUUUCUUGGAUUCGCUCGACGAAACACCAUUGCAAGACGCAGUUAUCACGAGCGAUCUCGAGAUAGUCAGCUUAUUAGUUGAUGCUGGAGCGAAUGUCAAUCUCCGCACACGCAGAUGGAACCGCAGCGCAAUUGAGAUCGCUGCUGGAGGUGGCCAGCUUGGAAUGGUAAGAUACCUCCUUGCGUUAGGAGCUGACAUCCAGGGACGACACAACCGAGUCUACAGGAGGACACUGUUUAGGGCGAAACGGGCUGGAUAUGACUCUAUAGUGGACUUACUACAAGAUUGGAAGAGAUCCAAAUAUGGAGAGCAAGACUGCGAUACGAUCGACAAUGUCAUGGAAACAAUGAGGCUCGACGAGCAUGGAUUCCCAAGUAAGGAGGAUUGGACUGAGUAA